GUGAUUCAGCUCAAUGGGGAGGUCUCCUUGCUGUGAGAAAGCUCAUACAAACAAAGGGGCAUGGACCAAGGAGGAAGAUGAUCGCCUCAUCGCUUAUAUCCGGGCACACGGCGAGGGCUGCUGGAGGUCUCUCCCCAAGGCCGCAGGCCUUCUCCGAUGUGGGAAAAGUUGCCGCCUCCGAUGGAUAAACUACCUGAGGCCUGACCUCAAGCGGGGAAACUUCACCGAGGAAGAAGAUGAACUCAUCAUCAAACUGCAUAGUCUCCUUGGCAACAAAUGGUCUCUUAUAGCUGGGAGAUUACCAGGAAGAACAGAUAAUGAAAUAAAGAAUUACUGGAACACCCACAUACGGAGAAAGCUUCUGAACCGAGGCAUCGAUCCGUCUACUCAUCGCCCCAUCAACGAGCCCUCACCGGACGUUACAACCAUAUCUUUCGCAGCCGCAGUUAAGGAAGAGGAGAAGAUCAAUAUCAGCAGUACUGGUGGAUUUGGGUGCAAAACUGAGAAAAACCCAGUUACGGAAAAGUGUCCAGACCUCAACCUUGAGCUCAGAAUCAGCCCACCAUACCAACCCCAAGCUGAGACGCCAUUGAAGACUGGUGGGAGGAGUAGCAGCACUACUCUUUGCUUUGCAUGCAGUUUGGGAAUACCAAAUAGUGAGGAGUGCAGUUGCAGUAUUGGUACUAGUAGUGGAAGCAGCAGCUCUGGGUAUGACUUCUUAGGGUUGACAUCUGGGGUUUUGGAUUACAGAGGUUUGGAGAUGAAAUAAGAAAGAGGAAAAUGGAAGUGG